AAUUCCUUGUCCAUAUUGAAACCUUUUUUUUUAAAUUUUUUUUCUACAAAGCGUAAAAUGCCGCGACAUUACCUUUCUGUCCAACCUGCCGAAAGCAACAUAACCCGCCCGCUCCAUGUUUGCCUCGCAAAGCUCAGUCUCUAAAAACCUCAUUUUCCGCAGGCGCCGAAACCGCGGCGUAAGAAAGUAACCUCGGGGCCUCCCGGCUCCGCCCGCCCUCCCAACACGGCCCCCCGGCGCGGCGAGCCGGCUCCCGACGUGCUGCCUACCCGGGCAGCCCCGGAAACGCGCUGCCCGCCUUCUUCCGCCGCAGAGCCUCCUCGGCCGCCGUAGGCCGACGAAAAAUCUGGGCGACGUUCCCGGAGGCAGCCGCAAUUCGCGGAAGUGUGACGUUUGGACUCCGGUUGUGGUCUGGGUAAACCAGGUCCUGAGUCCCCAGGAGCAGGAGAACCCUGUGAAGGAGGAAGAAGUGACAGGAUCUGGUACCAGCAUUUCUGCUGAUACACGUGACGGAAGCCUGAGAUCGCUGACCAGAGAUCUGAGCAGAUCCAGAUCACGAAGAGCCCCCUUGCCAGCUGUUGAGAGGCAGGAGAGAUGAUCCAGGCCCAGGAAUCCCUGACAUUUGACGAUGUGGCUGUGGACUUCACCCGGGAGGAGUGGCAGCUCCUGACCCCCGCUCAGAAGGACCUGUACCGGGACGUGAUGCUGGAGAACUACAGGAACCUGGUGUCACUGGGCUAUCCACCGAAGAGCCCGAACGCCCUCUCCAGGUUGGAGCGGGGGGAACGGCCGAGGGCAGGGGAAGACGGGAUCCGAGGUGGGGCCCAUCCAGAAAUCUGGAGAGUCGAUGAUCAUGAAAGCAUGGACAAUAGCUUAGAACAAUGGCAUAGAUUUAGCACAUUUAACAAUACUGUUCAUCAGAGUGGAAUUCAUUUUCUAUUAAGGAAAAAUCAUGAUAUGCUUGACUUACAUGGAAAAAAUAUGAAAUCAAAUUUAACUUUACUUAACCAGAGCAGAAGCUUUGAAAUAAAUAAUGCUGCUGAGCUUACUGGAGAUGGGAAAUCCUUUCUCUGUUAUAAUAGUGAACGAUUUCAGACUGAAAUUCAAUUCCCUGACAGCCAAAAACUCAGCACUAAGUGCCAAGUCAUCAAGCAUCAGAAAACUAAAAAAAUAGAGAAGCCGCAUGUGUGCAGUGAAUGUGGGAAAGCCUUCAUCAAGAAGUCUUGGCUUAGUGAUCAUCAGAUCAUUCAUACAGGAGAGAAACCCCAUCGAUGUAGUCUAUGUGGGAAAGCCUUCUCCAGAAAGUUCAUGCUCACCGAGCACCAGAGAACUCAUACAGGAGAGAAACCUUACGAAUGCACUGAGUGUGGCAAAGCCUUCCUCAAGAAAUCACGGCUCAAUAUACAUCAGAAAACACAUACAGGAGAGAAACCAUAUAUAUGCAGUGACUGUGGAAAAGGCUUCAUCCAGAAGGGAAAUCUCAUUGUACAUCAGCGGAUUCAUACAGGUGAGAAACCGUAUAUAUGCAAUGAAUGUGGAAAAGGCUUCAUCCAGAAGACGUGCCUCAUAGCACAUCAGAGAUUUCACACAGGAAAGACCCCCUUUGUGUGCAGUGAGUGUGGAAAAUCGUGUUCCCAGAAAUCAGGCCUCAUUAAACAUCAAAGGAUCCACACAGGAGAGAAGCCCUUUGAAUGCAGUGAAUGUGGGAAAGCCUUUACCACAAGGCAAAAACUCCUUGUCCAUCAAAGAACUCACACGGGAGAGAGACCUUAUGUCUGCAGUGAGUGUGGGAAAGCUUUUGCAUACAUGUCUUGCCUUGUUAAACAUAAGAGAAUACACACAAGGGAGAAACGCGGAGAUUCAGUCAAGGUGGAAAGUCCCCUCAAAGAGAAUCUCAGUUUGUCACAGACUAGUGCUGCCAUGCAAGAGGAGGGCUCUGAUAAUACAGUGACUCUGCAAGUGCCUUCCGUGUCCCUUCAGACAUCGCUAAACAUGAGUGGGCUCCUAACAAAUAGGAAUGUAGUCAUAGUGGGGCAGCCUGUUGCCAGGUGUGCACCCUCAGGAGGACUUUGCCAGGAGAGACACCUUAUGAAUGCAGUGAAUGUGGUUACGCCUUCAGUGGUCAAUUAUGUCUUAUUUUAUGUCACAGAGAACCAGGUCCUGAGUCCCCAGGAGCAGGAGAACCCUGUGAAGGAGGAAGAAGUGACAGGAUCUGGAGAGAUGAUCCAGGCCCAGGAAUCCCUGACAUUUGACGAUGUGGCCGUGGACUUCACCCGGGAGGAGUGGCAGCUCCUGACCCCCGCUCAGAAGGACCUGUACCGGGAUGUGAUGUUGGAGAACUACAGGAACCUGGUGUCAGUGGGCUAUCCACCGAAGAGCCCGAACGCCCUCUCCAGGUUGGAGCCGGGGGAACGGCCGAGGGCAGGGGAAGACGGGAUCCGAGGUGGGGCCCAUCCAGAUAUGUGGAAAGCUGAUGAUCAUCUACCAGAACACCUACAAAAAGGAAGUACGGAGAAUAGCCUUGUACAGUGGCUCAAACAUAACACCUUUAAAGAUUUUGUUCAUCAGGAUAGAAGUCACUCUGUGUUAAGGCAAAGUCGUGGUAUGUUUGACUUCCAUGGAAAAAGUAUAAAAUCAGAUUUAACUUUACUUAACCAGAGCGGAAGCUAUGAAAUAAAUAAUCCUGUUGAGUUUACUGGAGAUGGGAAAUCCUUUCUCCAUGUUAAGCAUGAACAAUUUCAGAGUGAAAUUCAAUUUCCUGAAAGCCAAAAACCUAGCACUCAGUAUGGAGUCAUCAAACAUAAGAAGUCUCAAAAAAUAGUGAAGAUUCAUGUAUGCACUGAAUGUCGGAAACCCUUCAUCAAGAAGUCUUGGCUCGCUGAACACCUGAAAACACAUACAGGAGGGAAACCUCUUGAAUGCACUGAAUGUGGAAAAGCCUUCAUCAAGAACUCACAGCUCAGAGUACAUCAGAAAAUACAUACAGGGGAGAAAUCAUACGUGUGCAGUGAAUGUGGAAAAGCCUUCAGCCAGAAGGGAAGUCUCAUGGUACAUAUGAGGAUUCAUACAGGUGAGAAACCUUUUUUAUGCAAUGAAUGUGGAAAAACCUUCAUCCAGAAGGGACAUCUCAUGGUACAUCUGAGGAUUCAUACAAGUGAGAAACCUUUUGUAUGCAAUGAAUGUGGGAAAGGCUUCAACCAGAAGGCAUACCUCAUGGCACAUCAGAGAUUUCACACAGGAAAGACUCCCUUUUUGUGCAGUGAAUGUGGAAAACCCUAUUCCCGGAAAUCAAGCCUCAUUAAACAUCAAAGAAUUCACAUAGGACAUAAACCCUUUAAAUGCAGUGAAUGUGGGGAGGCCUUUAUUUGGAAAGCACAGCUAGUUACACAUCAGAAAACUCAUAAGGGAGAGAGAACCUAUGGAUGCAGUGAGUGUGGGAAAUCAUUUCAAGGGAAGUCAGUCCUCAAGAAACACCAGAAACUUCAUUCAGUCAAGAAUCCUUCCUCAGAGAGUCACAGGUCAUCACUGACCAGUGUUCCAAAAAAGAAAAAUCUUGUUAAUGUGGUGACUCUGCAAGUACCUUCUGUUGUUGCUCAGCCAGCACUAAACAUGAGUGGGCUUCCAGCAAGUAGGAAUGUAAUCAUGCCAGAUGAGCACUCUCAGGAGGAUCUGGCCAAGACAGACACCUAAUGAAUGGCAGUGAGUGUGGUUGUGCCUUCAAUGAUCAAUUACAUCUUAUAUGUCUCAAAGAGGUAGGGAAAAAUUCAAGAGACAUUCUGUGUGGAAAAGGAUUAAACCAAAAAUGUGUAGCUCAUAUUAUGGGCGAAAAGCAUAUACUAAGAGAUUAUGUAAAUCCUCAUUCCAUUAAAUAAAUGCAUUGAAAGAGA